AUGUGUCCUGAGCCGCAAAGGAAAGUCGACUACAUGGAGAAAGAUGGUGAAGUUGUCUUGGUGAACGAUGAAUUGGACGGAGGUCGAAGGCUAACCCAUAAUGAGUUAUUGGUUAUUCAUGACAGCUUGAACCCAUGUAACAAAACGUCAUACAAGGAUGUAAGAAUCACAAUGCCCGGAAACCCUAUGAGAAGCAACCAUAGAACCAAAAUGAAAAACAAAGGAGAUGAGUUAGCAACAAAUCCCGGACAAAAUGAUGAAAACCUCGAUGAUCGCGACCAAGGAGGAGGAGAUGAAUUUGUACAGAACACAGAGAUCAAGUACGACGAAGAAGAAGAUAGGCAAAGUAAUAAUCAAUACGGAGAGAUAAAGAUAGUAGAGAACUGA